ACUUCCAUACCUUAUUUUGACUCUGAGAUCUCGAUCAUUUGGAACAACUUAUAUCAACAUAUAUUCUAGUUUAUAUCAUUUCAAGUUCUUUAAAACAACAUAGCUGCAGUCCAUGUGAAGAAAUACAAACAAAUAUUCAUCUUAUCUGAGGAUGACUAAAGACGCAUUAGCUGUCACUGUCGCGGUCUUGUGGCUGCUCUGCAAUCCAGCCAGAAUCAGAGGAACCGGGGGAUUUCAAGGCGCCAUUCCUCACCCAAAUAAAUACACCCCAAACGAGUCGGAACAGUCGCCGCAGACACCGCAGGGCGCUUUCAGGGAAAUGGGACCGCCUUCGGUCGGGGACGAGGUGCUGGACUCUAGCCAGGAGGCUUUAUACGUAACGGAGCGCCGUUAUCUGAAACUCGACUGGUGCAAAACGCAGCCGAUGAAGCAGACGAUCAAAGAGGACGGGUGCCAGCCGCGCACCAUCAUCAACCGCUUCUGUUACGGACAGUGCAACUCAUUCUACAUACCUCGACACAUUUAUCAAGAGGACAGCGCCUUCGAGUCGUGCUCUGUGUGCAAGCCGAAGACUUUCACCACCGUCACUUAUACCCUCUUUUGUCCGGGCCAGACCCCCAACACCAAGCGGAAGCGAGUGCGACGGGUGAAACAGUGCCGCUGUACCGCUAUCGAAUUGGAUUGAACGUGCUGACGUCAUUACUUUACGUGACCGCGGCAUUCUCGUUCUCUUUGUGAACAGUUCUGCGUAAAACGUGUCGUGGGAAUAAAAUGUAUGCAAUUAAAUGUACUUCAAAUAAAUUAUAGUUCUAUAAAAUAGUGACGUCUUAGAAAAUGCUUAUAUUGUUAUUAUUAUCCACUGUGUGGAGCAAGAUUUGCACGAGUAAGGUUUAUUCAUAAUGUGGAAGACAUUGUGAUGGAUGCAACCAAAGUAUUUUUGUUUUAAAGAGUCCAGUGCAAUUUACACCGGCGUUUAUUUUUCAUGUUGCAAUCAAAACAUCAAUAAUGGACAUAAUAAAAAAAGAGAUGUUAAGAAGCAACAUAAUUGUCUGUAUUUAGAAAAAAGUGUGUGAACUUUCAAUGUUUACUGUACAUGAACAUUGCCUUUGGAUUAUGACUUUUAUGUUUAAGUAUUGUCUAAUGUACUAAACUUUGUUACGCAACA